AUGCUGGACUUUGUUGACGACGCGUCGAGUCGCGAAAAAUGCUUCACUACGAUCACCCAGGUCUCUAAUCUCCAGACUCCCAAUAGGUCGACCAUUCUUAACCAUCCAUUCGUGCAUACAAUCGAGGCGAUUCUGCCAUUAGAUGUCUACACCCGUAUCCAGACAUCGCUAGACAAACUUGAUAAACCCCGAUGCGCUCAAGUCUUCAUGACACCAUCUGACUUAUUGGAGCACGAAUUUUUCAAUACAUACAUCAAAACUGGCAACAUCCUCAUGAUUUCAGAAGGUCGAUUGGGGUCAGAUACUGUAUUCACCCUACGAGAUGGCAUACUCAGUGGUGAGAUGGGAAAAGAGAUUUAUGAACGCACUGGGCUGGUCGGCAAAUCCGUCCGCAGCGGUGGAAGGAAGCACGAAAAAGAUAGAUUUACCGUGGAGAUCAAUCUUCGGCUUCCUUCAAUGCUGCAUGGCAAGAAAGGGUUUGAGAAGAUCGUAUGGGCAUUCAAGAACGUCCUGAAUCAAUCGCUAGCCUGGCUUUUCAGUGAUCUCGACACGAAAUUAAAUGAGAAUGAUGAAAAUCAUCCAAUCAAUAAACAUCACCCUCGAUGGGUUGAUUGUUCACCCGUUCUAACCAAUAUUGGCAAAGUCAAAGUGCCAGUGAUGCCGAGUUUAUCGGAUGUCGAUGUCGAGACCAGUGAUGCUAUCUCGGAAUGGAUUGCACUGCUGCAGCUACGCUCGUCUCGUGUGUCCGCCGACGAUGACGUUGACCCAUAUUUGAGUCGUUACAGCGUACCUGAGCCAGUUCAAAAUACUACCAACUUAAUAAGUAUCAAAUGGCGCGGGUUGAUUCCCUCGCAAUGGACAAUUGAGACAUAUUUAUCUUUGUUAACUCAAACUUCCCAAGCAAAAAAUACGCCAUGGUUUGUUAUUACCGCAUCAGCUUUGGGAAAGCAAGCCGUGGAAGGUCGAGAUGGUUUUACGAUCCUGACUUCCCCAUCUCUAGGGCCUGCAGGUCUAGGCUCUAUUUGCUGGGAAUUUGUAGGAGCAACAGCCACCGACAAGGUUUCCGAUCCAUGGUAUUGA